AUGGCCAAAGCCCUGGCAUUUUUCAUCCUCUUAGUGAGUUCAUUCAAUGUGUUUGCACAAGAGCUUGAUUCUCUUCCACAUCCUCCUCUUCAUCCCCCAGUAGCAGCUCCACCUUACUACCACCACCCUAAGCCUCCCUCUACUACUCCAGCCCCUGUUCACCCUCCAACCCACCCACCUGCUCACCCACCACAUCACAACCACCACCACCACCACCACCCUCCGGCCCCUACUCCUGCUCCGGUUAAGCCUCCUGUUCACCCUCCAACACCAGCUCCAGCUAAGCCUCCAACCCAUCACUAUACUCCUCCUACACAUGCCCCAGUUAAGCCCCCUACUCAUCCGCAUUACCCUCCUGCCCCUGUUCAUCCACCUGCACACCCUCCAGUGCAUCCCUUCCCUAGAAGCUUUGUAGCAGUUGAAGGUGUUGUUUUCAACAAGUCUUGCAAAUAUGCUGGUCUUGACACCCUCUUGGGAGCCACUCCUGUUCUUGGUGCCGUUGUAAAGCUGGAAUGCAACAACACCAGGUAUCCGUUGGUCCAAACAGUCAAGACUGAUAAGAACGGCUAUUUCUACCUGCAAGCCCCUAAGAGCAUUACCACUUUUGGAGCUCACAAGUGCAAGGUGUUUUUGGUCACUUCACCCACUGGCCUUAAGCCCUCUAAUUUCCAUGAUGGUGUUACUGGUGCUCUCCUCAAGCCUGAGAAGCCCUUUGUUUAUCACAAGCUUCCUUUCUUGCUCUACAGUGUUGGUCCUCUUGCAUUUGAACCCCAAUGCCCACACUAAAAAUAUUUAUUUUAAGUUAUAUAGAGCUCUGUUA